AUGAUUGCCACCCUCACCUCUUGUUUUUCAUCCCGCUCAACAACCACUUCGGAAGAGAUCCAUGUUAAAUGGAACAACAGUAACUACUCCGGUGUUAUCCUCAAUGUUGACGGAAGUUGCCUCGGAUCACCUGUUAGAGCCGGCUAUGGAGGAGUUAUCAGAAAUGACUCAGGCUACUAUUUGUCAGGCUUCUCGGGUUUCAUUCAGGGAUCCUCAGACAUUCUACUCGCAGAGUUAUUUGCCAUCUAUCAGGGCCUCACUUUGGCGAAAAAUAUGGCUAUUGAUGAGUUAGUUUGCUACUCCGAUUCUCUCCACUGCAUCAACCUCCUUAAAGGUCCCAAUAUCAAAUAUCAUGUUUAUGCUGUGUUGAUUCAAGACAUCAAAGAGUUGAUAUCUCAAAGGAACAUUACCCUUUGCCACACACUCAGAGAGGGAAACAAUUGUGCGGAUUUCUUAGCCAAGCUUGGAGCCUCUUCAGAUUCUGAUCUCACGAUUCAUGCGUCCCCCCCAGAAGGUUUCUUUGACAUUCUUCGAAGCGACGCGACUGGAACUUUCUACCUUAGAGAAUAG